AUGGCUCAACCAAAUUCAGCACAACCACCGUUACCACCUCCAUCUCCGCUUCUGCCACCAUCGAUUCCGAGGAGGAAGAAAGAACGUACUGAUAAUUCUAUCCAUCCAGUACACAAAACCUUAGCCACUGCAGCAAACCUUGCCAAUCUUCUACCGACCGGCACUGUCCUUUCUUUUCGGACCCUUACGCCUUCCUUUUCGAACAAGGGCAUUUGUCAAUUGUCCAACAAGUGCCUCACAGCAUUUCUAAUGGCAUUAUGUGCAAUUGUUUGCUUUCUCUCUUCCUUUACUGAUAGCUUCGUAGAUGAAGGCAAGUUGUACUACGGCAUUGCCACCUUCAAAGGCAUGCAUAUUUUCAAUGACGAUAAUAAUUGUUCUCACGAUCAAGAAUCAGAUGGAGAAAACUCGAGGGAUAAUACUAUCGACUUAACUAAGUUCAAAAUCAGUUUCGUAGACUUUGUUCAUGCAUUUGUGUCGCUUUUCGUGUUCUUGAUCUUUGCUCUUAGUGACUCUGAUGUUCAAAAUUGUUUCUUUCCUCAUGCCGGAGAGAAUAUGAAUGUUUUGGUGAUGAAUUUACCUCUAGGAGCUGGGGUUUUUUCGAGCUUUUUGUUCUUGAUCUUACCUACAACGCGUAGAGGAAUCGGAUGUGCAGAAAUGCCAAGAUCAUUUAAAUGA